AUGUAUAUCCCAGUAAAUGAAGUACAAAAGCAUUUCAAGUCAGAAACACCAAUGAUGUCAAAUAUAACCCAUAAAUCAGAUUAAUGGAGUCCUUAUCAUGAUAAUUCAGGAACUGUAUUAGCUAUUGGAAUCCCAGGAGCUGUGUUAGUAGCAGGAGACACUAGAUUGAGCAAUGGUUAUAAUAUUCUUACUCGAGAUGCAACUAAGUUAUCAUAAUUGACUGAUAAGUGUGUUUUAGCCACCGCAGGUUAAUAUGCAGAUUUUAUAGCCUUAAGGAAAUUCUUGUAAUAAAGACUCCAAUUAUAUGAAUUCUAAAAUGAAGUUUAAGCUUCAACACAAACUGUAGCUCAUUUGCUAUCUAGAGAACUUUAUUCUAGAAGAUUUUUCCCUUAUUAUACUUUCAACUUAUUGGCAGGCCUUGAUGAAAAUAACCAUGGAGUUGUCUAUGGGUAUGAUGCCAUAGGUAGUUAUGAUUAAAUGACUUAUGGUGUUUAAGGCAGUGGACAAGAAUUAGUUGUUGCUGUUUUAGAUAACUAACUCAAAGGUUACAAUAAAAUCAAUAAAACUUUCCCUUAAACUCAACAAGAAAUUUUAGAUCUCAUAUUAGAUUGUUUCAGUUGUGCUGCAGAAAGAGACAUUCACACAGGUGACAAUGUUGAAAUUCUUAUCAUCACUCCUACUGGAACAGAGAGGAUUGUUAAACCUCUCAGAAAAGAUUGA